CCUACGCUUCCACCAUAUAGUUUCUCAAAACCCUGCUUCCCCUCUUUCUCCAUUGGCCGUCGCGGAGUAGAAGAGGAACCAAUCCCUACCCGCACACCAGGCAAAAAUGAAGUACAACCCACGAGUCUCUUCCUCUCGCCGCAAGAACCGGAAGGCCCAUUUCUCGGCACCUUCGUCUCUCCGCCGCGUGUUAAUGAGCGCACCGCUAUCAUCUGAUCUGAGGUCCAAGUACAAUGUCCGGUCCAUGCCUGUCCGCAAGGACGACGAGGUCCAAGUUGUUCGUGGUACCUACAAAGGCCGCGAAGGGAAGGUGGUACAAGUUUACCGUCGCAAAUGGGUGAUCCAUAUCGAGCGCAUCACUCGCGAGAAAGUGAACGGUUCGACCGUGAACGUUGGAAUCAACCCAUCCAAGGUUGUCAUCACCAAGCUGAGGCUCGACAAGGAUAGGAAGUCGUUGCUGGAUCGUAAGGCUAAGGGUCGUGCUGCUGCUGAUAAGGAUAAGGGUACUAAGUUCUCUGCUGAGGAUAUCAUGCAGAGUGUCGAUUAAGGUUAUUGGUAAAGGACAUGAUCCGGAAAUUCAACCAAAGCUAUUUUCUUGUUGGGAUCAAGUUUUUAUGUAUUCUUCUGCUAUAGGAAAUAUGAAUUAUGGAUUUAUACAACCGAAGCUAAUGUCU